AUGCUCGGGUCACAACAAGUGUGAAGAGUCCACUCUCAGCUCGACAGGGGCGCCUCGGUCGUUGCGCGCGCGCUAGCCUGGCCCUGUGUGGUGGGACUUAGGCGCGCGCGAGUGCCUCAGCGCGCCGGCGCCGGCGUUUUCGGGCGCGCGCCGCUAGCCCGCCCUUGCAGUGGGACUUAGCCGCGCGCGACUGCCUCAGCGCUCCAGCGAUUUCGCCCGCGCCUGGGCAUAUCCCAGCGCGGGCCACCUUUCCAUUUCUUAGCUUCCUUCUCAUCACUUCUGUUCGACUCUCGACUUCUCCUGACAGUAGUGGUGAUCAUCUCAUAGGUACGCUGAAAUAGAUCACUUCUGUUCGACUCUCGACUUCUCCUGACAGUAGUGGUGAUCAUCUCAUAGGUUAUAAGCCCAUCGAGCUACCGCUGGCAUGGACACGUCGUCAACCCUCGCGACGAGCGCCACCCCGACAAUUCCCGCCGAACAGCUUGCCGCACUUACAUCGCUGCUGUCGGGACUCACCGCUGCGCUUCCGGCACUACCGCACCCGCCACGACAUCCGGCUCCAAUCGCAAUGCCUUCCCGAAGCAUGCGCGGUUGGACGGGCCGAAGACGUUCGCGAACUGGACACGCCAGCUUCGCCUGUGCCUAGCGGACGACAUCCGCUCCUACGUCCUCGACGGAAUCACCCCGACGAUUGGACGCCUUCGCAACGCUCCGCCCGCGACGUCGUGGCACGCGAGAUCCUUGCAAACUCAAUCGACUCGGCCGAAGUCUCGGCAGUCCUCGACAAGAUCCCUACGGCCGACCUCACAGCGCCCAAGAUUUACUCGACGCUGA